AUGGCCCUCAGCCAAUCCAAAAAUUUAAAAACGGAGGUGAAGGAGACCCUCAUAGAUGUUCUGGGCAAACUCAAGAAACUGUCAUCUGUCAAUGUCUGUCAUUUCCUGUUAAUUGUUUACCAUAGCUCACCGUGUAUGAUGACCCAGUCGCCUAAGAAAUACGUCUCCAAUUAUACAAACUGCACUUCGCACAGAGGAGUUGAAGCUAAAGAUGUUGAAUUAGCCAACCCGCAGUUAGAUCUGACGACGUCGCAUUCGAGUAAUUUCCGUGCGGACAGUAGCGCAGAUCGCGAGCCGUCGAGCGAGGCGCCAGCGCCACCGCCAACCUUCGCAGCUUCCGCACCUGACGACACUGCCUCGUACUUGCAGGUGGUGGUGGAGAAGCACCGGCGGCGACGUGAGGUAAGAGCGCGCCCGGCGCAGACCUCGCCGCGAUUGCCGAGUGCGUCUAGCCCCCUCGCGCGCGUUCACCCUCCACAGGUGAGCGGUGGCGGUGACCGUGGCGUGUACGUGCUGCCGCACUCGGUGCUGCUGGCGUGUCCGACUGCCUCACCGCUGUGCCGCGCGCUAAACGCCCAUAACUACAACACGCGGGGCGCGUUAGUGGACGUGGCGACGUGCGCGCGCAGCUCGUGCUCGCUGGCGCCUCGCGAUGGUGCGGGCGCGGGCGCCGGUGACAUCCAACAUGGAGAACACGGCGUGCAGAAAAAAAAUAAUCCCUGGAAGAUAUUCCGCGGCAUCAACAGCGACUUGUACGAUAAUGAGCCGGAGCGCGUGGAGGUGUACUACUUCGAGCAGGGCGCCGGCUCGUUCCUGGCGACAAGCGACGGCGGGCGCGUGACGUGGUGCGAGCGAGCGGCUCGGCGGCCGGAGCGCGUGGCACGCGCGCUGCUGGCCGAGUUGUCCUCCGCGGCCACGCUGCUGGGCGGCGCGCCGGUCGCGCUGCUGCUGAGCGUACAGCGCGCCGCGCUCGUGCUAGUGCGCGGCGCCGUCACGGGCGCCGUGCAGACGACCUCGGACUACGCGCUCAAGCCGGCGCUGGCGCUGCUAUACAACGCGCUGGUGCAGCCGGUGCUCGUGUUCGCGUGCAACGUUGCGCGCGGAGUGCGGUCGGUCCUGCGACCCUUGUCGGCAGCGAUGAGCGAAGCGGUGGAGCCGGUGGCGCGCGUGCUGAGCGCAGUGCGUCUCGUGGAUGUACGCCUCGCAUGCUCUUGUCCGCACUGUGCGCAAUCGCGUCCGUGUGAAGCCGGCCACUGA